AUGUCUAAUUCACGGCCACCUUCUACCGUUGACGAGGGCCUCAUCCUUUCGCCCCCAGCGCUGCAGAAUCCGGCAACAACAGACCAUGUCUUCCAGCGUAUUCUGCAAUGGUAUCUCCCGCAAGAUGUACUGGACAAGAUCACUCCUGACCUCCACGACUUUGGAUCGGAUGCGAUCUCACACGAAACAAACGUACAUAUCGGUAACGCUGAAAGUCAAGAGCCCUAUGUCAAGGCCCACAACGUUUGGGGUGCGCGAUAUGAGGCCGACCGUCUAGUGACUAGCAAUGGUUGGAAGGAGUUGGGUAAAUGGGGUAUCAAGUAUGGGGUUGUGGGCCUUGGAUACGAAGAGGAGUUUGGUCCAUAUCGCCGCACUGUGCAGCAUGCGUUCAACUAUUUAUUCUCCGCUUCUUCGGCUGCAUACUCUUGUCCAGUCUCUAUGACUUCGGGGGCAGCAAGAUUGGUGCGACACCAACUUUCGAGUGUACCUCCGGAUCACCCCUUCCAUGAGCUCUACGCUCGCCUCAUCGCACGAGAAAACAACUGGAUUUCUGCACAAUGGAUGACUGAGCGCCCCGGUGGAAGCGACGUCCGAAAUAGUGAGACUGUGGCCACUUAUGCCCCGCUCACAUCUAAGACUGGCCGGUUCGGCAACAUCGGAGAAGGUGACUACUUGCUUUCCGGCUUCAAGUGGUUCUGCAGUGCCACCGACUGUAACAUUGUACUGCUUCUGGCAAAGACCGAAUCUGGAGAGUUGUCUCUCUUUGUUGCCCCGACCGUAAGGGAAGUUGUGGAUGCUCAAGGAACAAGCAAGCGGGUAUCUAAUGGAAUUCGCAUUCACCGACUGAAAACCAAAAUGGGGACAAAAGAGCUUCCCACAGCUGAGAUUGAGCUUCGGAACGCGCGCGCACAUCUCAUCGGUCCAAAAGAUCGCGGUAUUGCAACCAUUGCCCUAUUGCUGAACACCACGCGGACUCACAACUUCAUUACCGCGCUGUCGUGUCUCCGGCGGGCUCUGGAUAUCGCCAAGGCUUUCGCUCUGGCUCGAAGGACCAUUGAUCAGUCACUUUGGACAUUUCCCAUGCAUUUGAACGUGUUGGCCCAGCUAGAAGUCAAACAUCGAGGUUGGAUGCAGCUGGCAUUCUUUACUUCAUCACUGCUGAGCUAUGUGGACAACGGAUUCCCAGAUGAUGCGCCACAAAUAUUUUCCUUAUUAGCAAAGCUCCCAAACACAGCAACCGUUGUUCUACGCGCUUUCACUUCGACCUCCAAAGCUGUUAUUUGCAAGUCUUCCACCCUGGCUUUCCAGGAGUGCCAAGAGGCUAUGGGCGGCGUGGGCUAUAUGGGCAAGUCUGAUGAGCCAGAUGAGCCAGAAUUCAACGUAAGCCGAUUGUGGCGCGAUACAGCCAGCAAUAGUGUUUGGGAGGGUACGACCAAUGUCUUGGCAAGUGAGACUGUACGGCAUCUGACCAAGGGUCAGAACCUGGAGCUAUUCAACACAUGGAUUGUAUCCGCUAUCGCUCAGGUUUCGGACCUCGCAUCCAUGGAAACGCUACAAAGUGUCUGGACUUCCCUCAAAGAAAGGCUGGCUCCCGGUCAGAAAGAUCAAGGUCUAGCAGCUGUGCUCGGUGUUGCCCGUCAAAUCAUGUUCACGCUUGCCUGGCUCGUGAGUUGCAUAUUGCUUUCACUAGAUGCCCAACGAGACAAAGAUGCGGUCGCUUUCGAGGUGGCUAGGAGAUGGGUUCUAGAUGGACAGGGCAUACCUGGAGAAUUUGGGUUCACUGAUCUCAUUUACCAGCGAUCGGUCACCGCACAAGACAGAAAACCAAGCGAUCGCGAACGGACAGAGUGGGACUGUCGUAUCGUCUGGGGAAUCGAUUUACCUUCGAAUUCUUCGGCGGGCUAUCGAACUGCCAAAAUAUGA